GGGUGACACGAAGUUAGAAUGACGUCCGAACGUGCGAAGUUUGUACCCGCCCACCCUCGCGUUGAAUGUGUCUGGUUAUGUCCGGCUGCUCCUCCAGAACCUCGGUGCUGACUUCACGGCCACAGCCAGACUUUCGUCGCCCGUCUCUGCGAGCAGGCUGAGCGUUACGACGAUAUGGUUACCCAUCUGAAGGAAAUCGUCAAGAUGGGCGGUGAGCUCAGCGUCGAUGAGCGGAAUCUUUUGAGUGUUGCUUAUAAGAACGUGAUCGGCGCGCGCCGUGUCAGCUGGCGCAACAUCUCCGCGAUCGAGCAAAAGAAGGAGUCCAGGGGCAGCCGGAAGCACAUUUCUACCAUCCGCGAAUACCGCCACAGGAUUGAGGACGAGCUGGAGAAGGUCUGCCGGGAUGUGGUAGAGGAGCUAGAUGAGAGACUGAUUCCAAGCGCGUCGACAGGAGGCUCCAAGGUUUUCUAUCACAAGAUGAAGGGUGACUACUGUCGUUAUCUGGCCGAGUUCGCGUCGGGCGAGAAGCACAACGUGGCCGUCACGUCUGCCCACAUGGCCUACAAGACUGCCGUCGAUGUUGCUCGCACCGAGCUCACUCCCACUCAUCCUUUGCGCCUGGGCUUGGCUCUCAAUUUCUCCGUCUUCUACUACGAUAUCCUGAACUCGCCAGAUCUUGCUUGCGAUCUGGCCAAGCAGGCGUUUGAUGAUGCCAUUGACGAGCUCGACUCCUUGACCGAGGAGUCGUAUCCUGGCAGCACACUAGUCAUGCAACUCCUUCGUGACAAUCUGGCCCUUUGGACGUCUUCGGAUAAUGAUGAGCUGGAGCUUCCGGCUGAGGGUCCAGAAGACGAGGCUACGGCGGCAGCAUGAGUACUUGGCUUGUGUGGUGGAGGAUGUGUCUGGGAGAACCAUUGUC